AUGGCGCUGAUCCAGCACUGGAGUGACGGCCGUGAGAACGCACUGGAGGACACUGCGUCUUCGUUAUUAGCUGCCAGUGCCUCAGGGGAUGAGCGCCGAGUGGCCAGUCUUCUACAACAGGGCGCCGAGGUCGACGCAGUGCUGACCAACCGCUUCUUUGGGGAGACGCCGUGCGAACAGGCGCUAGAGCAUGGCCAUGUGGAAGUGGCGGAGCUGCUGCUAUCCGCCCUUUUGAGCCAACCUCAGGGCGCCCAGCACAUCUCGGAGCUCUUUUGGAGACGACUAUUAUCAGCAGCUCUGCGCAGUCAUCAGCUGUCGGUAUUGGGCUUCGUGCUGAGCUAUGAGCCCGACUUGAACUCGGACGUGCGUCACAGCGAGAAGCCGCUGUUUGACGCCGCUCGGGCUGAUGAGGCAGAAAUGCUUAAAGUUCUUCUAGCGCAUGGAGCUGACGCAUCUGGAACGGACCCAGUGGGCAGCACGUUGUUGCACAUUGCAGCGAAAUACCGCGCUAUGAAUGUGCUGGAGGUGCUCAAUGCCUCCAGUGUGAGGGAAGACGUGAACGUCGGAGAUUCACUUUUUAACACGGCGCUGCAUUACGCAGCAGACGGUGGUCAAGUGGAAGUUGCCAAAGUGUUGUUUGAGAUGGGAGCGGAUGCAAAUCUGAGCAAUAGGAGACUCACGACGCCGCUGCACAUGGCGGUGAGCAAGGCAAAAUUCAGGAUGGCCAAGCUGCUGCUGGAAGAGGGACAGGCUGAUGCUGAUGCGAGGGAUUUUCAGGGUAAUACAGCACUGUUGCUACUUGCCGCGAUGUCGUCGUCGGAUAUGGAUGAGAACGUUAGUGACAGCGAAGAGGAGGAGGAGUCUGUGCAGCUGCAAAUGGCCAAGCUGUUGAUUGAAUUUGGCGCCGAUGUGAACGCUGCGAACACAGCGACAGCUACGCCACUGCAUUGCGCUAUGCGUCGCUACGACUUCGACCUCGUGGAUCUUCUGCUAGCAACUGGUGCAGAUGUGAAUCUGCGCAAUCGCUUCGGUGAUACACCGCUGCAUCAAGCUGCACGCUUAGCGAUGUACCCAGUUAUGUGGGAAAAACUAUUGAAGCACGGCGCCAACCUCACUGCUGAAGACCGAGAAGGCCAAACCCCGAUGGAACUAAUACCAAACAAUGUGCUGCGAGCUUCCGUUGCCGAAGUCGUGGCGAGCUUGACGGAUCCCAAGAGCCACAAGUGA